UCUCAGCUGAAUUGAACAAACUUUGUUUUUGCUCCGUAACUGAAGAAGCAUCAUCAUCAGCAGAUAAGGGACAAAGCUCCUUCUUCCCUCCCUGCCUCUCACUCCAAAUUGGCAACUUCAAAAAACCUACCAUGCUUUCUGUAACAGCAAACACUCUCAAACCCUUCUCUUCUUUCAACCCCAACACCAACACCAAUCUCUUAUUAUUCCCCACUUCCUUCCUCAACCCACACCCACCACCCCUCCUCUAUCCUAAACCUUCUUCUCUAAAGCCCAUCUCUGCCACUCUAACUCCCUCCUCAAGCUCCCAACAGCAGCAAGUGUACCAGCCAUUCCGCCCACCCCCAUCUACAGUCCCCGCCAAGUUCCGCUCCCUAGACACCAAUGGCCGCCUCGAAAUCCUCUCAAAUCGCCUCGGCCUCUGGUACGAAUUCGCCCCUCUAAUCCCGUCCUUACUCCAAGAAGGCUUCACGCCUCCCACCAUCGAAGAGGUUACUGGGAUUUCCGGGAUUGAGCAGAACCGCCUGGUGGUUGCGGCUCAGGUAAGAGACUCUUUAGUCCAAUCCAAGACUGACCCACAAAUUCUUGCGGAAUUUGACACCGGGGGUUCCGAGUUGCUGUAUGAAAUUCGGCUCCUGAGUGCCCAGCAGCGUGCAGCUGCAGCCUGUUACAUAAUUGAGAACAAGCUUGAUGCUUUGGGCACCCAGGACCUGGCCCGUUCUAUGAAGGACUUUCCUCGCAGGCGAGGAGAUAAAGGGUGGGAGAGCUUUGAUUAUGCUCACCCUGGAGAUUGUCUAGGCUUUAUGUAUUAUAGGCAGGCUAGGGAGCACAAGAACCCCUCUGAACCCAGAACUGCUGCUUUAGAGCAGGCUCUGAAAGUUGCAGGGACUGAUAAGGCCAAAAAAAUAAUUUUGACAGAUUUGGAGGGGGAGACUGAUGAGAAAGAAGGGAGAGAAGGGGAUGUUAUAGUUGCGGUUCGGGUUCCAGUUGUGAGAUUGAAGUUUGGGGAGGUGGCAGAGUCCAGUAAAGUUGUGAUUUUGCCGGUUUGUAGGGCAGAGGAGAAGGAUAAGGAGGUGUUGGAGGCACCGUGGGAAUGUAGUGGUGAGGGAGAGUUUGGCGUGGUGGUGGCAGACAAGGGGUGGAAGAGGUGGGUGGUGUUGCCGGGAUGGGAGCCGGUGGUAGGUUUAGGAAAGGGGGGAGUGGUGGUGUCGUUUAGUGACGCGAGGGUUUUGCCUUGGAAGGUGAAUAGGUGGUACAAGGAGGAGCCUAUACUGGUGGUGGCUGAUAGGAGCAAGAAGGAGGUGGCCGCUGAUGAUGGAAUUUAUUUGGCAGCAGUUGAGGGUGGGGGUUUGGGGUUUAAGGUUGUGAGGGGAUCAGCAUUAAAGGAAACUGGUGUGAAGGAGAGUUUAGGGACGGUGGUGAUGAUAGUGAGGCCACCAAGAGAUGACACAGACGAUCAAUUGAGCGAAGAGGAUUGGGAGUAAAAGUAGAAGAGUGUGGUCAUUGUAUUGUAUAUCACUCUUUGUUACGAUUGAGAUUUAUAAAAAAUUUCAGUAAUGUUGGAAACUUGAGAUGCGGUUUUGUUAGAUGCCCCUCUACAAGGGGUUUUUACC